CAGGGCACGUAAAUGGACAUCUUUCGUUCGCACGAAGCGAAUGAAUUUCACGCCAUCAUCGAGUAGUGUUAUCUGCUACAAACACUUCGAAGAUGCCUGCUUCCUUAACCGGACUGCUUAUGAUCAAGGAUUUGCAAAAAAGUUAUUACUCAAUGCAACUGCUGUCCCAACAAUUCACCUGCCUCCACAAGACCAGCAAGAUCAAAAUCCACCUGUCCAGCGCACAGCAGCAGCUACCCGAGAAAGGAAGCGAACCUUAGCUGAGGCUAUCAGCUCUGCAGCUGCCGCCGAACAAGAGAUGGCUGAGUGUGGGGGUACGUUAUUGCUGGAUGAAUCCUGUUCAAACAGCCAUCAAGAUGAUGAAAUGACACCAACACAUAGGGUGGAUAAAAUGGUGCAGACAUUGAAGUAUUGUCCUCCAUGCGAGAAAUGCAAGACAAGGGCAAAUUACCGGUCCAUUGGUAUACAAUGCAACUUGGGCCAACCAGAACCCAAAAGGAAGAAAGUUUGUAUGCCACUGGUUGACACAGACAGUGAAGAGGAGAGUGACGUGGAAAUGGACAGUCAACACCUCCCAGACCAAGAUGUGGAAUACAGUGCUGCUCGAAAGUUUGUGAACCCCACAGCGAUGGUCAGAUUUUUUGUAAAAAAAAACUAAAAUAACCUUAUUAAAUGUUAAGUUAUACCCAAAUCCACAAUACUGACAUUCCAAAUAAUGGACUGAAACAAAAGAAAUAGUUAUAUUGUCAUUCUUUAUUUAACAAAAGUGGUUGAUUUAAGAAAAACUCAGAUAUCAUGUGUGCAAAAGUAUGUGAACCCCUUCAGUUAAUAGGAUAUUGCGCCUCCUUUUGCAGAGAUUACCUCAACCAAACGGUUUCUGUAGUGACUAAUCAGCCUCUCACAUCUACUUUGGGGGAUUUUUGCCCAUUCUUCCUUGCAGAACGCAGUCAGUUGAGAGAGGUUUGAUGGGCGUCUGGCAUGAACUGCUCGCUUCAGGUCCCGCCACAGCAUUUCAAUGGGAUUUAGGUCAGGACUUUGACUGGGCCAGUCCAGAACACGAAUCUUCUUCUUUUUCAGCCAUUCCUUGGUUGUAUUGCUGGAAUGCUUUGGAUCAUUAUCAUGUUGCAUGAUCCACCUUCUGCCAAGCUUUAACUUCAAAACAGAUGGCGUCAGGUUAUGUUCUAGGAUUUGACAAUAUUCCUCAGAAUUCAUGAUUCCCUGGACUAUGUGGAGUUGUCCAGGUCCUGAGGAUGAAAAGCAAGCCCAGAUCUUGACAUUCCCACCUCCAUGCUUCACUGUUGGGAGAAGGUUCUUUUGGUGGUAUGCAGUGUUGACUUUUCGCCAGACAUGGCGGUUUUGGUUGUGACCAAACAGCUCAAUUUUGCACCUACAUCAGUUGAUGAAAACUCUUUUUAAUUUAGUCUCGACAACACAACUGUUAAAAAAACUACUGAAUUGAUUGAUUAGGAAAUCAGGUUGAAAUAAUAGAAAAUUCCAAAAUGUUGAGGGGGUUCACAAACUUUUGAGCAGCA